UGCGGGGGCUGAUGGUUCACAAACGUAGCUCGUCCCCGGCUGACGUUCCCGGAGACGGGAGCCUGCCGGCGGAGCGGAGCAGCCCGGCCCUGCUGGGCGCCAGCUCCCGCGCUCGGCGCUGACCACCCCGCCGGGGGGAUGCUGCCCCUCCGUCCCGCGCUGCUGCCCAAGCGCUACCGCGGCGGCUCGGCUCCGCGCUCGCGGCCGGGCCGCGCGGCCGCCCGAGCGGCGGCGGCAGGAGGAGGAGAAGGGCGCGGCGGCGGCGGCAGCACCGGCGGCGACGGAUCCCCCGCGCCUGUCCCGCGGGGCGGCGCCGGGUCGGUGCGGGUGCCGGUCCGGCGGCGCGGGCCGGGGUCGCCGCGGGCUGCCCGGAGGGGGGCGGAGCAGGAGCCGCCGCGCCCGUGCGGGCGCUGGCCGGUAGGGGCCGCUGCCGCUCCCCGCAGGGCGCGGGGGGGCGGGGCCGGCGGGCGCGGCGCGAGGCCCGGUCGCGCGGCGGCGGCGGCGGCGGCGUCGCUCCUGUUGGCCCAGCCGGCGGCGGCCAUGGCGGCCGUGCUGUCCCCGCGCCUAUGCGACAGCGACCCGGCCACGCCCGGCGCGCAGUCCCUCAAGGAUGACACAGAAGAAAAUUCCAAUGAUGGGAGCCAGCCAUCCAAAAGACGGCGUAUGGGCUCAGGGGACAGUUCUCGGAGCUGUGAAACUUCCAGUCAAGACCUUGGGUAUAGUUAUUUUCCUGCUGAAAAUUUGAUUGAAUACAAAUGGCCACCUGAUGAAACAGGAGAAUACUAUAUGCUUCAGGAGCAAGUCAGUGAAUAUUUAGGUGUGACUUCCUUUAAAAGAAAAUAUCCAGAAAGGCGAGAUUUAUCUCACAAGGAGAAACUCUACCUCAGAGAACUAAAUGUUAUCACAGAGACCCAAUGCACACUAGGUCUAACAGCUUUGCGUAGUGAUGAAGUAAUUGAUCUUAUGAUUAAAGAAUACCCUGCCAAACAUGCUGAGUAUUCUGUUAUACUGCAAGAGAAAGAACGGCAGCGAAUAACAGAUCAUUACAAAGAGUAUUCUCAAAUGCAGCAGCAGAACACACAGAAAGUAGAAGCCAGUAAAGUUCCAGAAUAUAUUAAAAAAGCUGCCAAGAAAGCUGCAGAAUUCAACAGCAAUUUAAACCGAGAGCGGAUGGAAGAAAGAAGAGCCUAUUUUGAUUUACAGACACAUAUUAUCCAGGUGCCUCAAGGAAAAUACAAAGUCUUGCCAACAGAGAGAACAAAGGUUAGUCCUUAUCCAGUGGCUCUCAUUCCCGGCCAGUUCCAGGAGUACUACAAAAGAUACUCUCCAGACGAGCUGCGUUACUUGCCGUUAAACACAGCUCUUUAUGAACCCCCUUUGGAUCCGGAGCUGCUUACACUGGACAGUGAUGGAGAUUCAGAUGAUGCAGAGGAAGGGCGAGGUGAUGAAAAAAGGAAAACCAAAGGCAAUUCGGACAAUUCGUCUGGCAAUGUAUCUGAAGGUGAUUGCGCCACAGACAACCAGGAGGAUUCUUUUCAGGGAAGACAAAAAACAAGAGACAAAAGUGCUACUCCAAGAAAAGAUGGUUCCAAACGUUCUGUAUUACCCAAAUCAGUUCCUGGGUACAAGCCAAAGGUCAUUCCAAAUGCUAUAUGUGGAAUUUGUCUGAAGGGUAAGGAGUCCAACAAGAAAGGAAAACCUGAAGCUCUUAUACAUUGCUCCCAGUGUGACAACAGUGGCCACCCUUCUUGCCUUGACAUGACCCCGGAGCUUGUUGCUAUGAUUAAGACUUACCCUUGGCAAUGUAUGGAGUGCAAAACGUGCAUUAUAUGUGGGCAGCCUCACCAUGAAGAAGAAAUGAUGUUCUGUGAUGUAUGUGACCGUGGUUAUCACACUUUUUGUGUGGGGCUCGAUGCUAUCCCUUCAGGUCGCUGGAUUUGUGAUUGUUGUCAGAAAGACCCUCCUGUACCCAGAAGAGGAGGAAGAAGGGGAAAAAACAGCAAGGAGGGCUAAGAAAGUCCUAAAAACUUGCUGUCCAAAACUUAACUGCACAAAUUAAAGUGAUACUCUGGUGCUAUUUAAUCAACCACUCUAUAAGAGGAGCAAUACCACUUUUUUUUUCUUUUUACUAAAUAAACUUUGUCUAUAUAGUGA